CUGUGUUCUUCUGUGUAGAUGAGUAUUUCUUUUGUACUUGAUUUAGCUUAGCAAAUUUGUUUAGUCUGAUUCACUUUAGCUCUCUAGCUUUAAAAUUCUGCUUUGCUGCUAAACUAAUCUGUGAAUUCGUUGUGCCCUUAAUGUGUUCGAUAGAAGGCCUCUUAGACAUUCUACAACUUAUCUCUGUCUAACUUUUCUUUUUUUUUUCAUUUGGUGUUCAUCGCGCAGUAAAUCUGUUCACUGAACCUCUCCUUCGAUUUUGUUUGUAGAGAAUGUACGGAUUUGUCGCGUCUUUGGCCGCUGGUUUGCUGCUCAUGUUUCUGCCUUAUAGGACCUGAGCAACUAGUCACUUGUGUUCUCCAAUCUUAAAAGACACUCAUCACAAAUCCAUUCUCUCCAUUCUGUCUCUUGUGUUUCGUUGAAGACACAUGAAGGUUCGUUAAACUAGAGAACUACAAUUGCAACACAGUUACACAGAUAUGAGAAGUCAUUCCUGUUGUUAUAAGCAAAAGCUUAGAAAGGGCCUUUGGUCUCCUGAAGAAGAUGAGAAACUUCUCAACUACAUAACAAGACAUGGUCAUGGCUGUUGGAGUUCUGUCCCCAAACUCGCAGGUUUACUGAGAUGUGGAAAGAGUUGUAGGCUUAGGUGGAUUAACUAUUUGAGACCAGACUUAAAGAGGGGAGCAUUCUCUCAAGACGAAGAAAGCUUGAUCAUUGAGCUCCAUGCUGCCUUAGGAAACAGAUGGUCUCAGAUCGCAACUCGGUUACCGGGAAGAACAGACAACGAGAUCAAAAACUUUUGGAACUCAUGUCUUAAGAAGAAGCUGAGAAGAAAAGGCAUUGAUCCAACAACACAUAAACCCCUAAUAAGCGACAUUCAAACGGCUAACGUCAUAGAUCAGAAAUUGACGUCAUCAAAUACUUCAGAAGUAGUAAAGUCAACGGGUUUGAUAAACAACCUACAUGAUGAUCAGUCAAUGGCCGUCUCAUCACAACCAGGUCCGUGUUGGUUCCCGGAGACCAAGACGACGGCUAAUCAAAACGCUGCGUUUUGCUUCAGUGCAAGUACUCUACCAACGGUUUCAGACCAGAUGACUUCAAACUUCAACCCAGUUCCAAACAAUUGGGAACUCAACUACUGCAGCAACACAGUUCCAUCUCACAGAAACAGUAUCUACAGUGCUUUCUUUGGAAAUCAUUACGCAGAAGCUAGUCAAAUCAUGAAUAAUAAUAACAAUAAUAAUCCUGUAAUGGAUCAUCAUUAUCAUCAAGACAUGAAGCCGUGGCCAUCAGAGAUUCUUCAUUACACAGAACAUAACCAAAGCUUAGAAACUGGUUUAGAAGCAGAAGUGAAGCCAUACAUUGCCAAGUACUACUUGGGAUCAUCAGUGUCAUCACUAAACGAAAGCGCUGCGAGAUUACUGCAUUCUGAGGUUGAUUUUUACGGUAAAAACCUUCAGAAGCUUAAUAAAAUGGCGUUUAAUCAGAGCCUUUAGAUUAUUAACAUGUGCGAGAGAGAGUUUAAAUAUUAUUUCUUCAUUUCUAUUCACGUUCUUUAGUUAAGUAUGUAUGUGUGCUUUUGGCUGUGUAAUGUUUUUGCGUGCUUUAGAUGUAAUUAAUUUUUCACCUUCUACCUGGUCGUGACUUUGACCUUAAUAGUGUCACAUUCUAUGUCUUUACGAACUUUAAUUAAGAAAUGGU